GCCCAGCACCGUAGGUACUGCCGUACUGGCGAAGAGCACACUGACAUACGAACUGCCUUGCUCACUCUCAGUGCUUCAAACAUGGAUCAAGACAACAACUCAGAGGAUGAGUCAGUCGGCCCAUCGGAGGACCCUUCAGAAGAGGAACUGCCUUGUCUACCUCCGGGGCUCUCUGAUGGUGAAGCAAUGGAGCUGCUGUGGCAGUUGAGAUCCCAGCGCCGCCAGUCGUCCCCUGAACUCCCAGAGACAGUGACCCGUCUUACUGCUCCUGACGGCAGCCUCCUAUACCUGGUGGGCACUGCCCACUUCAGUGACAGCAGCAAAAAGGAUGUGGCCACGACGAUCCGUGCUGUGCAGCCAGACGUGGUGGUGGUGGAGCUGUGCCAGUACAGGGUGUCUAUGCUCAAGAUGGACGAGAAUACACUGCUGAGGGAAGCCAAAGACAUCAACCUGGAUAAGGUUCAGCAGGCCAUCAAACAGAAUGGGCUGAUGUCUGGCCUGAUGCAGAUUCUCCUGCUCAAAGUUUCAGCUCACAUCACAGAGCAACUGGGCAUGGCUCCUGGAGGAGAGUUUAGGGAGGCCUUCAAAGAGGCUGGACAAGUGCCGUUCUGUAAAUUUCACCUUGGGGACAGGCCCAUCCCUGUGACGUUCAAGAGGGCCAUUGCAGCUCUCAGUCUGUGGCAGAAGGCCCGUCUGGCGUGGGGUCUUUGCUUUCUGUCAGACCCAAUCAGUAAAGAGGACGUAGAGAAGUGCAAACAGAAGGACCUGCUGGAGCAGACCAUGUCAGAGAUGAUCGGCGAGUUUCCUGCUCUCCAUCAGACCAUUGUGGCUGAAAGAGACAUCUACCUCACACACACGCUCCGCCAGGCUACACGCUGUGUGGAGGCCCCCCGUAACGCCCAGAAAGUGCCUGCCGUGGUGGUUGGAGUUGUAGGAAUGGGUCACGUCCCUGGAAUAGAAAGAAACUGGGAGAAGCAGCUCAACAUAAAUGAAAUCAUGAGUGUUGCACCUCCCUCACGUUUUGGCUGGGUGUUGCGCACAGUCAUUAAGGGUGUCAUGAUGGGCAUGCUGGGAUACGCCUGCUACCGUGCUGGAGGAAGUAUAGGUAGAGUCCUGCUGUCUUUGCCUGCAGUCCAAUCUUUAAUGGAGACUCUGCGGCCACCCCCUGCUCUAAGCCAUCAGUGACACGAAUUUUGAUCUAUUGAAACAAUGCAUUUUUCACCAAUGGCCUUACAAACAGGAGCUGAGGCUGGAGGAGAGGUUUCACCAGCCCACACAAUGAACUAACAAGGACCUCAGGAGGGUUACGAGCCUCCCACCUCGUAGAGAUGUCCCUGUAGACACAGCAGGGCCGUACUGCCAAAGAAACUAUGACAGUACUCUUCAUUUUCUUUCAUAUUUUUGUGCAAAUCCUGCAUUUUGUAAGGUUUACAAAUGCCAAUAAUUUCUUUUAAAAUAGAUUUACAUUUCCCCUACCAUUCCUUGAAAUGACAAAUGGUGAAUUCACAAAGAAUGGAUCGCGGCUGCUGAUGGCACCAUGGAUUGCACACCACUUGCAACUGCUAUCUGCCUCGUCUCAAGGUCUGAUCGCAAAAGAUAUUGUGCUAAUGAUAUCACAGCAAAGACAUGCCCAUUAAGAUUUGCAGCUGAGUGCGAUUUGCUGUUUUGUAUCUGGCAAAGUAUAAAUGAGAGAAAAGGAACAUGGAUGGUGAGUAACAGGUCCUGACUGAUGAGGUUCAGAGGCAUUCCUCAGAACUUCAGUGAGUAGAUUUAAACUUGACAGAAACUGUAUUUGGGUCAUUGCUGGGCAUGACACCACUUGUAAAGGUACAUCAGUUGUCACCAACUCUCUGAAGACACUCAUAAUUUCACUGUAACUUCAAGUAGCUAUUAGCGCUGGUCUUUGUGAUUUGGUCUGUAUUUGCUAUGAGGCUCGUUUGCAAAGAAGGGGGGCCAAUUUUGCACCAAAUGUAUAUACAGUAUAUUACUUAAUUGAAAUACAUGCGAAUAGCCCAGGAGCACCGAGACGCUAUUUGCUUGGCAGUGCAGUUACAGGUGUGUUUCACAUUUUGCAGGUGCUUUAAGAAUGACAUGGUUGCUUUUUGAGUUAUUGUGAAGUUUUUUGUGAAUUCGCCCCAGAGUUUUUAUCUGAGAAGUAUAAUCAGAAUCAUCGCCGGUCACGUGCCCUGAUAUGACUGAGCCAUUUUAUGAGAGGCACACUUUUCUAACGCUGUCUCCGUAUUCCUUCCACCUUUCUGGUGCCAACCAGCAUUUUUGGUAAAUGGCCCAUUUCGAGUCCAGCACUUUAUAAGAGGGUCUUGUAUUAUACAUGCAGCCUAUUGAAGGAAGUGAAGGACAAAGUAAAAUAGCAAGUCAGUCAAAGUAUGGAGUGGUCCUCAUGGUGUGAGGUAAAUGUCAAAAAUGUCUGAAUUGGAUGGUUCACCAUUAUUUGCUUAAGUCUUGAUGAAAUGCAUAUUCUUCAAAACCUACAUAUGACAAAAUGAUUUCCCAUGUGCAUGGUCCUGCCCUCAUCAACAGACAAGUGCCUCAUAUUGCAGCAGUAAGGGCUAAUGGUGAGCUGAAAGGAAUGGCAAAUAUGUGUGUUACAUGCAUCGUACACAUACAACAACCAAAUGGUCCGUGCAAUUUUCUAAUAUUCUGUGUUUAUAUAACUAUGAAUGGCCUAUUUUAUAAAUACUGCUGCCCUAAAUAUAGACCAUCUAAUUUGUGUUGUCUUGGUCUCGGUUUAAAUCACCAUAGCCCUUUCAUUUUAUGGUCACUCGGACAUUCAGCAGAGACCUGACGCAGGACAGGCUUAAAUGUGCCUCAGGAUGAGCAAAGCAUUUAUUGUUUUGCGUAUUUGAUUGUACCUCCAAUAUGAGGCACCCUCACAUCUUGGCUUUAACUGGCUCCAUCUGUGAGUAAGGGUUCAUACUUGAGACAAAAAUAUGCAUCUUGUACAGACUGACAUCUCUAGAAACCUCCACAUGAGAACAUCUGUCAUUCAGCGCACCAGCUGUUUGUACUUUUAUGAUAUAUGCAUUAUCACUUGCCAGUCUGAUUGUAAAAAAGGGAACAGGGAUUGGUUUGUUUCCCUCAAAUUUAGGAUUGAACUUGACCGUAAUGAUUUGUUAUGGACUUGUUUUGACUACUGUGAAGGAAACUGAUGGUUUAGAUUGGUCGGAGUUGGAAGGUAAAGCCUUACACUGCUAUCACUGCUGCCUUUGACCCUCAGAUUGCCUCCUCUGCUGAGGCUUUAUAUUACCAACACUGACCUGUAUCUGUAGUACAGAGCUUCUUAUUGCACGCAUAAAGAUUGACGAGAUAAAAUCCCCUGGAGCUUUGUUACACGGGAGAUGUCCCAACAAAGUCAAGAGUAUAAACAGAGAAUUAACAUGGUUGCGAGGCCGUAAUCCAACGUUAGUUCCCAGGUAUUCCCAAUUUUAAUUUUAAAUGAUUCUAUGUACAGUAGUGGAAUUAUUCAGAUGUAUUUAUAAGAUGUGAAAGGAGUUAAUUUGCUGUCUUUAAUUUGUGAAAUGAACUAAUAUGGAACUUUAGUAAAUGAAUCAGUGCCACAAACAUAAUUAAGUCAUCCACACAUUAAACUAACUCAGAUUACCUGUCUUCCAAUUGAUGCAUCAACUAUCAUGCUUAAGUAAGAGAUGAAAAUAUUUGGAACAGAUGUAGUCAUGCCUCUCAGUCCCUCAGCAGUAUAAUACUGUAAACCUUAAACAUUAUGUGUGUGUCUCCCUCUCACGUCAUUUCCAAAGGUUUAAUCUGUAUGUUUGAGAAUUGCCAAGAGUUAAUGGUAUGAAUGCCUGUAUUUGCUGCAAGAUAUGUUUCCCCAUGCCUUUGUGUUGUAUUGUCAUUGUUAACAAACCAAACAUUAAAUCCUAACUUCUGUAAUGAGUUAUUAAAAGAUUUUAACUAAAG